UUCUUUAAAGGGAAAAUUCACUCUGAAACAAACAAUGCAGCUGUUGUCAGCGAAGAGGAUAACAAUUAUCGUUGGCAGAUUUCCGGAACAGUGAACUACUGGGGGUCUAUUGGUGUCCCAGAUCUUGAAAAUCAUGUGUCAAUUUACAGGUCACGGCAUUUAUUUGCACAGAAAGCUUUGCAAUAACUGACUGGCUUUUUGACCAAAUAUUGUUUGCAAAAAUUGAAACUGUAGUAAAACCGUUUCUUUCAUUUGAGUGUUUUUCAGAUGAUGUGCUGGGAUUAAACUAAUUGGUCUUUUGGAAGAAAUGCAUAUCUGUUUUAUUAUCUUCCUGUUUGUACUGCUCGUACUAGGCGUUGAAGGUGAUCCACGCUGUAGUCAGCCAGACUCAUUGGCUGUCGGACAGAAAUGUCUUCUACUUAUGAAUCACCGACAAACAUGGCAAGAGGCUAGCCAUUACUGCAAGAAUCAGGGAGGUGGUUUGGCUGCCAUAGAAAACAGAGAAAUGGAUCAAAGUGUCAGAAAUGUUCUUAAGAACUAUACACAGGACUUCUGGAUUGGUGCAUAUUCAAAGAAGAGAUGGUUUUGGGCAGACAGCGGCCAGGAGCUGCAGUGGACGUCCUGGGGACCAAACGAACCGAACAACAACGGUCACGUGGAGGACCGCGUGAUGCUCUGGCGGCAAUUUCGUUACGAUUGGAAUGACGAAGAAGCAAACAAGCUCGGCGUUCACAGAGUACGAGAAGGACACUGGGAAAAGUCGUCUGCUGUUUGUGAAUUUACCAAUGUUGACAAAUGCCCGGAUACAACAAAGUGUAGCUACGGUCACCAUUUCAAUGGUUCCUGCUACUGUUUGGAACUUCGACCUUAUUCAUCAAGAAAGCACGGGUUUACCUGGGACAUGGCCAGGACGUUCUGUCUGUUCUGCUGA